ACCACAAGAUAAGGUUUUUAAAUAUAUAUAUAUUAAUACGACUCUGUGAUUUUGCUGAUUCUAGCCUGCGUGUGCUCGUGAAUUUGAAGCCAUAAAGAAGUGGAAACUAUAAACAGUCCAUUGUUUUAUUACACCAGAUAAAAAAGUCAACGUAAACAUAACUAGUUGCCUAUUUUAUUUAUUCUUGCCAUUUAAGAGAUGGGUGGGUGGGGACAAGGAUGUUAAAAAUACUAUUUAAAAGAACAAACGACUGCCAGCACUCAUUAAACCUGCACAGGACCUUGUAGUCGGCGCUGAGCUUUUUUUACUGUCCAUAACAAAAAUAUUUUGGUGCAAAAUUUGGACUUGAUAUAGCCUAAUUAUUUAUUUCCCUGAAGGUUUUGCCCCCUGAUUUCUGGACGACCUGCUAUGUUAUAGCUCUGUGCAGCACUGGAAUAAAUAUAUACCUUGUCUCACACUGUUGCCUUUAAUUUAAAUCUGUUGAAUAAGAAUAUUUAAAUUAGAAUAUUUAAAAUGGGAUAUACAGUAUGUUUUUAAAUUACUUUUGCUUGUGAAAUUUUAGUUACUUUUUCAAGCAAAUUGCAUGGCUUUUAUAUGGCCUCCUCGUAGUAACAUGAUUACAAUGCCUGGCAACUUGUGUGAGUUCAUUUUCAUCUUUUGUUUUUGUAGCAGACCUGGGCUGAAAUUGAAUUGAAACCUUAUCUCACAUAAACUCUGUGCAAAUGAAAAGCUGGCACCAUGCAGAGGUUCUUGCUGCGCUUAUCAGUUCCUUCACAGAGAUAAUUGGGACCUUGAUUUCAGAUGGGGCCAGGUUUUGGCACUGCUCCAAGCUUCUGUCCUUAUGAACAUAACAUUAUUCCUUUUUAGCACUGAGGACAAUUAGUGACUGUAUUGAAAACGAGCACCCUUCAGGCCUAGACAGGCCUAGACGGUUUUUAUGCACAUCAAUUCAUGUAAAAAAAUGAGAUGGUUCUGUUGUGUAGGACUGCAGUAUAUUAUUGGUCAGCUAAAUAAGCAAGCAACUUUCCAUUGGGGAAUUUUUAAUUGCCACUGAAUUGGCCACACAAGGAUUGCGCCAGAGCAGACUUCUCGGCUUGUAUACGCUAAACAGAAUGCAGCCAUGGUCUGCGCCCUUCAUUUCCAUACAAUGCUGCGCUACACUCUACCAUCCCUCCCAAGAGGAUCGUGACAGUGCGAAAAUAAGCACACACGUUCGGGCGUGAUUGCCCUUGUUUUGGCGCAUGUCGUAAAUUAAUGGCAGACAAGCAGGGCCCUGCGAAUGUAGAGCACCGCGGUAGCAUCAAUUUUUCCACAGCAUUGACUCGCCUCGGUGACAUGAGCAGCACGAACAUGUGCGGCUAACGUGCUGUUGACACUAUGAGGCCGAGUGUGGCUCUGGAUGCGCUUUAACUUUCACGGUUUCUCGUGACCCAGAAUUGCACCUGCGGCCCUCUUAAUCUAAUCCAUCUUAAUCUGAGAUUAUAGUUUUAUUCCACGUGCUUGGUGGGAUUGGAUCGCGGGGAAAUUGGCUGUGGACUCUAUCCCUUAAAUCAGUGGUGUCAAACUCAUGCCAUGGAGGGCCGUGUGUAUGCAGGUUUUCAUUCCAGCCUCAGAUCUUGAUUAUAUAAUUAGUUAAAUUAUUUGCUGAAUUAGGGAUGCAGGUUUGUGCACAAUGGUGCCCCGAUGUCUAUGGUGACCCGCAUUGUCUAAAUAAAAAUUUUCUUAUAUUCUGUGCUUCAAUGCAGUUAAACGCAUAUGGCUGAAUGAGUAAUUGGACUCAAUUAAGGCAGCAUUAAUUGGUUGGAAUGAAAACCUGCAUACACACGGACCUCCAUGGCACGAGUUUGACACCACUGCCUUAAAUGCAACAUCAUGUCCCCUCCCUUGUCGUAUCAUCCCAUCUAUAGGGCUUAACAACAGUUUGUUUGUGGGAGACCUCAUCCUGAUCUUGUUGGUUUGUGCAGAUUUGCCAUGCUGAAGUAGGCAUCGUCGAAACUCUGUGUGCUUUGUGGACUAUUGUUGAGACGAUAAGAUUUAUUGUGUGAGUGCUGGCCAUUUUGUUUCAGUUUUUGAAACUCAAUGUUUUGGGUAACCUUGGGCUUCAAGUAUAGCCAUAGAAACAAAACUUUAUGUUGGGGGUUGGGGACAUGUUAUUUCAAUUACUACGUGCACCGACACAACUUCAGAUGAACAAAACCUUGCACGUCUUUCAUAUGUGAAGGAGUGAGAAAGUCAAGCGAAAUUAUCAGGACCGUGGCACGUUCCCACUCAUUUGUUUCUACCUUGUUCCCAAGGCAAUAGAUAGUGUGGCCUGUCUGAGAAUACUCUUGAUGUGAAACUUGCGCGUAGGACCAACGCGUUGUUCUGGCAGCACCCAACUACAAAGUAAUGUGACCUUUCUGUUUAAAGGAGAAGCUUUUGAGUCGCUUGCAGAAGGCCACUUAUGCAUUCCUCUUUACAUUCACAGCUUCUCAGGAGCAAAUGCUAAUGCAGUUAAACAGGUAACUGUAACUGGGAUUGGUCUCCAAAUUUUGGGUGAACCUGGAAAAACAAUGCUUUGCAAAAAAUAAUCAGUCAGGUUGACUGUAAACCGACCCAACCCCAAUUUUUUACAUAUUCUUUUUGACAAUUGUUCAAGUAAUUAAUUCAGUUAGGUUCUGAGAAGAAUUGUUUUUUGGAAGGAAACCCUAAAUAUUUUAAGGCCCUUCAAUAAAGAAUAAUAUAAAGCAACACUCCUGGUAGUUGUUUUUUGAAGCACAUGCGCCCUUAAACAAUAGCUGUUAAAAUAGUUCAACAUUGGUGCUGUAAGUGGAAAGGUAAAUUGCUUUUAUAAAGUAGGCUAACUGUGGCUUAGGAAAAUCCUCCUAAACCAAAAUGAAUAUAUUUGCUCUUCAUUAAUGCCUGAAUAAUAAAGCAUAAAUACCUUUUUUACUUUUUUUACAUGGUUUUUUCACUUACAGUAUGAAAUCCACUUCUUACGCUGGAGGCUUUAGUGCUUUAAAACACUUAAUGGGCAUUUCAUGGAAAACAAUCUGUGAAAUAAUGACAGGGCAAAUGGUUGGAGUUAAUGUAAAAAUAGAAGCUGCCCAGUUUUCCACUUGUCUCUGCCUUAACUGAUGUCGGGUGUGUUUAAUCCCCUGUAAUGUUCUUGUUUUAAGCACGUACAAAUGAUUAAGAGGAACACUCCUUGGUCACUGUGGCCAAACAGGCUGGGGCUCUGAGUGUUUGUUAGCUUUUUCACCCUGCAGAAUGAUGGUCGAUAGAACUGUGCUGUAUCCAGAGCGCUAAAGGAGAACGCAAGCUCGAGCUGUCGCCAUGACGAGCAGCAUUCCAACGCCGGCUGACACGGUGACCCAGGGAUCCGUGGCUUUUUGCACGCUGUGCCUUAGCAACUAUCCUCUGGCCGCAACAAGCAAACUGCAUGCGUGCGACUGUGUCUUCUGCACUUCGUGUUUGCAGCAGUAUGUGCAGCUGACAGUUCGAGAGGGUGGGGGUGCCCCUAUCACCUGUCCUGCCAUGCCAUGCCUGAAGAACGGAAUUCUGCUGGACUCAGAGAUCACAGACUUUGCUCCAGAUCAAGUUCAGCUCUACCAACGGCUGAGGUUCGAACACGGAGUGCACCAUGACCCCAGUAAGGCCUGGUGCCCGGUGUUGGAGUGCCAGUCAGUGUGCACCAUCAAACCCAGCCCGGAGGGCCGGCCCAUGUCCGUGCCAUGCCCCACCUGCUGCACCGUCUUCUGCUCUCAGUGCAGGGGACCCUGGCAAGAUGGGCACAUCUGCCCAGAGCGCCAGCUGCUGACAUCAGUGACGAACCCAGAGGGCAGCGUCCUCCUCAGCAGCGACCCUGACGCGCCCGUCAAACAGUGCCCCAUGUGUCGGGUCUACAUUGAGCGGAACCAGGGCUGUGCCCAGAUGCUGUGCAAGAGCUGCAAGCACACUUUCUGCUGGUACUGCCUCCAGAACCUGGAUGGUGACAUAUUCUUGCGACACUAUGACAAGGGGCCGUGCAGGAACAAGCUUGGGCACUCCCGCGCAUCUGUCAUGUGGAACAGAACACAGGUAGUGGGCAUCCUGGUGGGCGUCAGUGUCAUCGUGCUGGUGACCUCCCCUCUGCUCCUCCUGGCCUCACCCUGCAUCAUGUGCUGCGUUUGCAAGCCCUGCCAAGGAAGCAAGAAGAAGAAGAAAAAGAAUGAGCUCAGUCAACCUGAUUCCACUGUAUAGAAGUGUACACAUCCACCACCCUGCACUCUCACACCUGGUCCUCCUCCAAGCCCGUGCGCUAAUUUUCUACAAUUUAUAAACCAGCUUUGCUGGGUGCAGAAGUGCCUUCUACAUAGUGCCUGUAUAUGAUGGUCCAGAUUUACUUUGCCUUCCAUUCUAUUAUGCAAAAAAAACCCGAAUAGCAGCACAAGAACAAGUAAAUGAAGUACUACAAAAAUGACCAACAUUAUUUCAUGUUGUGAAAGUGGGUACUGUGUUAUUAACUGGAUUGGAUUCCGGGAUAUAGAUCAUUAGGGCCAUCAGCAGUCUUGCAUUAAAAUCAUUCCUGCCUCAACUUUUCAUGAUUACAGUUGGUUUUCAAUACCAAAGGCUAAUGGUGAACAUAUGUGUGUGUGUGUAUGUGUGUCUCUGUGUGUAUGCGUGGUGUCUUAUAUUGUUCAUAGUAUUCUAUUGUAUGUCUGCAUCAUAUAUUUUGUAACUUCCUUAUGAAUUAAAUAAAUGCCAAGUAUUGACACAA